AUGGCUCCUCAAGUUCUCAUCGUUGGAGCAGGGAUCACUGGCUCCAUGUUGGCCUUGCUGGCCAAGGACAUGGGGCUUUCCGUACGAGUGCUGGAAAAAUCGCGGGGAGCAGGAGGCCGAAUGGCGACACACAGCUUCCGGCGAGGGGAUCGUUCUACUCCGAUACUCGCCAACGCGGAUUUGGGCGCUCAAUACAUUACAACCAGAUCUUCGCCCGAGCAUCCCUUCCUUGGACCACUCUACAAGCGUUUGACAGACGCAGGUAUCUUGAUUCCGUUCACUGGUGAAGUGGCUGGACCAAAUCCCUAUGGAGCAGGCUCAGACAUCCGUCACUUUGCAGCUCCAAAGGGAAUGCGCUCCAUUGCCGAAUACUUCCUGGAGUCCUCAUCCGUAGCUGUGGAUUGGGGUGUUGCAGUUGAAGACCUUGUUUUGUCCGAAAAAGAAGUUGCUGUCAGUAUCGGUGCUGAUUCACCAAAGAUGGCGGACACCAGGGCCAAUGUGGUCGUCUUGACGCAACCGGUGCUUCAAGUUCUUGGAGCAUCGAAGUUUGGGAUGCGAGGCAGCUUUUUAGCGCAAACCGAUGAGAAGGUUAUGUCGGCUUUGAGGCAAGUGGAGUACUCGGCGCGUUUCGCUGUGGCGUAUUUCUUCGACAAGUCCGAAGUCUCAUGGCCCUUUUCCUGGACCUGCCAUUAUUUUGAUAAAGGUGAUGUACGAUAUGUGGCUCAUGACACUGCUAGACGAGGUGCAAAAGAUGAGCCUUUCAUGGCCGUGCUGGUUCACAGUGGAGUUCCGCUUGGAAUGAAACUUGCAGAUGAAGAGGACCCGUUUCCAACAGCAGCAGCACGUAUGCAAAGUGAGCUGGAGCAGAAGCUCCCCGAGCUUCCGUGGGCUGCAGCGGAGGGCUCGAAGGUCCACAAGUGGAAGUACAGCCAAGUCUACAUAGGCUAUGGUGGGAACAAGCCAAGCCCAAGUUGGGUUUGGCCAGCUGGAGCAGCUGAGGCCAGCCCGGCACCCGGCUGCGUGGAACUUUUCCGCAGUGAUGGCGGACUAGGCCUUUUGUGCGGUGAUGCGAUUGCUCCAGCAAGCAACUUCGAGGGCUGCCUAUACAGUGCUUACAAGGCAGCCGAAGCUUUGCGCUCCCAUUUUGGCAAAUGUGCUGUCACUGAUGAUUUACCAAGAUAA